AUGAAUGCUCGUAAUAUUCAACUACUUACGAUUACAAUGCUGGUUUUGAUUGCCACGCCGUGCAUGCGUGCCAAGCCAUGUUUUGUCGAGAUUGUCGAAGUCGAGAUACCGAAUACAGGUACGUACAUGAAUAACCAAUGGGUGUAAUUUUAUUAGUUAAUAAAAAAGAAAAAAAUUAAAAUAAUAAUAUUUUAAGCAACAUGCAUAAUAGGUACCUUAUGAUUUCACGGGUGUUAUGAGAUUUUUUAUACAGGUAACCUGAAUUAGCGCAAAUUUUGGUUAGAUAAUCUAUCUUAAAUGUUAAUCACAUAACUAUAUACAAAAAUUAUACUUUUAACAUACAAAUUUAAAAAUAUUAUCGUUUUUAGAAAAAAAUAGUUAAAUACUCUUAUUUAAAUACAUUAAAGCACUGUAUUUAUAUACAUAUAUAGAUAACACAAAAACUCAAUUUAGUUUACUUCGUUUCUAAAAAUUAAUUUGUGCUUUUUAUAAAUUAGAUGAACUUGAAGUAAACACCGAAGAAAAACGACUUGUAACACCAAAACCACGCACUCCGAUACCUGCAAACACACCGAGCACUCCGAUACCUGCAAAAACACCGAGCACUCCGACACCUGCAAACAUACCGAGCACUCCGAUACCUGCAAACACAUCGAUCACUCCGAUACCUGCAAACACACCGAGCAAUUCGACAUCCGCCAACACACUGGACAUUUCGAUACCUACUACGAGACCUACAACCUCAAAUAGACUCACCAAGAUCCGGAUGCCAAUCGGGAGGUAUAAGGCAAAUAGGUAUGAUGGAACAUAUGACGAAGAUGUUAUGGACAAGCUCGGUAUUAACUGAUUGGGCCAUUCAGUCAUCAUCAACGUAUACGAUAUCAUAAUACAUAAUUAUAUGAAUCAUUUUACAAUAUUUUAUAAGAUAAUCAAUCAUAUUUAAAUAACAAUACGAUCAUAAUAUAAAAUUUUAUUANUAUAGGUACCUUAUGAUUUCACGGGUGUUAUGAGAUUUUUUAUACAGGUAACUUGAAUUAGCGCAAAUUUUGGAUAGUUUUUUUUUUUUUUAACACCAUGGGUAGAAAUUUAAAAUUUAAGUGCUGAUUUUUCAAUAAAUACGAAUUAGGUACUAAUAACUAGGAAAUAACUUCAUAUAAAUCUCGUACAAUUAUUGUUAAAAUUUUUUUUUUCUUUAAUCUAUCUUAAAUGUUAAUCACAUAUCUAUAUACAAAAAUUAUACUUUUAACAUACAAAUUUAAAAAUAUUAUCGUUUUUAGAAAAAAUAGUUAAAUACUCUUAUUUGAAUACAUUAAAGCACUGUAUUUAUAUACAUAUAUAGAUAACACAAAAACUCAAUUUAGUAUAUUUCGUUUCUAGAAAUUAAUUUGUGCUUUUUAUAAAUUAGAUGAACUUGGAAUAAACACCGAAGAAAAACAACUUGUAACACCAAAACCAUGCAUUCCGAUACCUGAAAACACAUCGAUCACUUCGAUACCUGCAAACACACCGAGCACUCCGAUACCUGCAAAUACACCGAGCACUUCGAUACCUGCAAAUACACCGAGCACUCCGAUACCUGCAAAUACACCAAAGCCAAUAAUCCAGAUACCAAUUGGGGAGUAUAAGACAUUUACAAAUGUUGGACCAUUUGAAGAAGGUUAUUUCGGUUUUAACUGA